GGAGCCGGAGCGAGAGCCGGGGCCUCGGCGUCCCCGCCCUCUGCCGCCUCGGCCCGCGUCCGCCCGCCAUGGACUCGGACGAGGGCUACAACUACGAGUUCGACGAGGACGAGGAGUGCAGCGAGGAGGACAGCGGCGCGGAGGAGGAGGAGGACGAGGACGACGACGAGCCGGACGAUGAUAACCUGGACCUGGGCGAGGUGGAGCUGGUGGAGCCCGGGCUGGGCGUCGGCGGGGAGCGGGACGGACUGCUGUGCGGGGAGACGGGCGGCGGCGGCGGCAGCGCCCUGGGGCCGGGCGGCGGCGGCGGUGGCGGCGGCGGCGGCGGCGGCGGCGGGCCUGGGCACGAGCAGGAGGAGGACUACCGCUACGAGGUGCUCACGGCCGAGCAGAUCCUGCAGCACAUGGUGGAGUGCAUCCGGGAGGUCAACGAGGUCAUCCAGAAUCCCGCAACUAUCACAAGAAUACUCCUCAGCCACUUCAAUUGGGAUAAGGAAAAGCUAAUGGAAAGGUACUUUGAUGGAAACCUGGAGAAGCUCUUUGCUGAGUGUCAUGUAAUUAAUCCAAGUAAAAAGUCUCGAACACGCCAGAUGAAUACCAGGUCAUCAGCACAGGACAUGCCUUGUCAGAUCUGCUACUUGAACUACCCUAACUCGUAUUUCACUGGCCUUGAAUGUGGACAUAAGUUUUGUAUGCAGUGCUGGAGUGAAUAUUUAACUACCAAAAUAAUGGAGGAAGGCAUGGGACAGACUAUUUCGUGUCCUGCUCAUGGGUGUGAUAUCUUAGUGGAUGACAACACAGUUAUGCGCCUGAUCACAGAUUCAAAAGUUAAAUUAAAGUAUCAGCAUUUAAUAACAAAUAGCUUUGUAGAGUGCAAUCGACUGUUAAAGUGGUGUCCCGCCCCAGAUUGCCACCAUGUUGUUAAAGUCCAAUAUCCUGAUGCUAAACCUGUUCGCUGCAAAUGUGGGCGCCAGUUUUGCUUUAACUGUGGAGAAAACUGGCAUGAUCCUGUGAAGUGCAAGUGGUUAAAGAAGUGGAUUAAAAAAUGCGAUGAUGACAGUGAAACUUCAAAUUGGAUUGCAGCCAACACAAAGGAAUGUCCCAAAUGCCAUGUCACAAUUGAGAAGGAUGGCGGUUGUAAUCACAUGGUCUGUCGUAACCAGAACUGUAAAGCAGAGUUUUGCUGGGUGUGUCUUGGCCCUUGGGAACCACAUGGAUCUGCCUGGUACAACUGUAAUCGCUAUAAUGAGGAUGACGCCAAGGCAGCCAGAGAUGCACAGGAGCGCUCCAGGGCAGCCCUGCAAAGGUAUCUCUUCUACUGUAAUCGCUACAUGAACCACAUGCAGAGUCUGCGCUUUGAGCACAAGCUGUAUGCUCAGGUGAAGCAGAAGAUGGAGGAGAUGCAGCAGCACAACAUGUCCUGGAUCGAGGUGCAGUUCCUGAAGAAAGCUGUGGAUGUCCUCUGCCAGUGCCGUGCCACACUCAUGUACACUUAUGUCUUCGCCUUCUACCUCAAAAAGAAUAACCAGUCCAUUAUCUUUGAGAAUAACCAAGCAGAUCUAGAGAAUGCCACAGAGGUGCUCUCGGGCUACCUCGAACGAGAUAUUUCCCAAGAUUCUCUGCAGGAUAUAAAACAGAAAGUACAAGAUAAGUACAGAUACUGCGAGAGUCGCCGGAGGGUUUUGCUACAGCAUGUGCAUGAAGGCUAUGAGAAAGAUCUUUGGGAGUACAUUGAGGACUGAGAGUGGCCCCGCAUAAAAUGAACUCUGAAAUCUUUACCAUCUAGAGUGCUCAUGCAAUUAAAACAAACAAAACAAACACAAACAAGGAGGCACUAAGCCUAUUCUGACACGACUGGUCUAUAGUACCAGAAUUCUGUUUUGUUAACGGAAAGUUUAAGUAAAUUAUAUUGUAAUAAAAAAGGUAGAUAAACCAUUGUACAACAGUAUUCUAGGCCGCCAACAAAGUGUGACACACACUAAAAGCCCUCCAACUUUAACUUGUAACGUAGCUUCAUUCUCAAAGCUGACUCCUUGUUUCUUUUUCUUUUCCCUGAGUGUAGUACAGUUAAACUUUCCAACAGCUCCUUGACACUGCUUUUCAUGUCCAAACCAGGCAUUUUGUUGUACUUUGGUAAAGGCCCUCUUCCCUUUCCUACCCACACACACAAUACGCCCACACACACAGACUGACUCUCUUACUCAAAGUCAUGAGUGAACGAUUACUCCUUGUGAAGAAAAUUCUUGGGACAAGGAAGGGGGUAGGCAGCAAGAGGAUUAAACAAACAAAAACAAAAUACUUUGUAUAUGACUUUUAAAAACAAGAGGACAACACAGUAUUUUUCAAAAUUGUAUAUAGCGCAUAUGCAUGGACAAAGCAAGCGUGGCACGUGUUUGCAUAAUGUUCAAUUACAAAAAUAUUUAUUCUUUAAAAAUCUUCAAGAUUAUGUCUAUUUGCUGUGCAUUUUAUUUCAGUUUGUUUAUCUUUCCAGGGUUGGGGUUGGGAUGAAAGGAGCACCUCUGGAGACCCAGGGAGAGCUCUGGGCACUUCCUUUCCUGGUUGCUUUGCCCUUUCUGAUGUUGGUGUGUCUUUGUGGCCCUCGGCUUCAUGCCUUGAAGUCCCAGCUCUUGAUCACAGGGACAGGGAGGCUGUGCCCAGACUCUGCCAAGGCCCAGAAGGGCUGCUGUGGGGAUUCGCGUUGCUGCAGUUCCUAAAUGAUCUGUCCCCAGCCUGAUCCCCUGUGGCCACAUCCUGCACACUGCUUCGGGCUUCCCGAGCGCCCUUUCACAUCCUGAGGAAGCAUUUCAAAGUUUGUUUUCCUUUUUGCUUUUCCUUUGUUGCUACUUAGAGCCUUUUAAAAUUUCAGUUGUGGCUCUUAUCUCACCCCUUCUCCUACUUAGGGCAUCAAGCAGAAUGUUUUUGCUUUAAGUAUAAUAAAUAGCCAUUCACUUAGUCUCAGAUUGUGAAUUUAAAAAUGGCAGAUUCUGAGAUUGCUUGUGUGUGUUGAUGUGGGUUCUGUUUGUUUGAAGGCAGACACCACUAGAACGUGAUAUAUUCCCAUCUAGUGCAUUUAAAUAGAAAUCACGUGAGUUUACUUCUUUUCUAUUGUCAGCAGACAGGAGAAUUAAUAAUGCAUUUUAGCUGUGAUGUCCAUUUUUAUGAAAUUUCUACUUAAGAGCUAUGUUAAAAGUAAAGGAUGGUGGUGGUUUUAUUAACUAUAUGCCUGUUUGGGCCAUUCUGGCUAUGAUAUUUUUAACAGGUCAGCAUCCCUAAACCUGUCAGUUUUUUACAGGAAUGCAGAGUGAACUAGGCAACCAGAUAAGAGGUCUGCAGGAGCCUCUUUGUCUUCCUUUAGCUGCCUCGUGCUAGGGAGUGUUUCCCACUUGCGAGGCAGCUCUGUCUGCUCUUGGCACUGUCCAUCUUAUUACUCCAUUGGGAAGUAGCUUUACUUUCCUCUGGCCUUUUGCCUAAGUUAGGCUUUGCUGAGUCAACCCUACUUUUCCUUUUAGAAAAGGUUGUUAAAUGAGAUGUACUUGCAACUGUUCUUUUCCCAUCAACCAUCAGUGAAUGUUUGCUGAGUGUAUUAUGCUGCUUCCUUAAACCACUUGUCGCCUGAGGGUCUGCUUCCUGAGCGUUUCCUCCUGUCCUCCCCGGCCACCUCAGGUGCACAUCUGAAUUCAGUGUCUGCUUCUCCCAUGCUCUGUAGUCUCCCUUCCCUGCAUCCGGCCCUUGCCUCCCGUAGCACAUUUGGCUUUAUUUUACUCUAAAUGACUGCAUCUUGUCAUUUAUCAAAACUAAGGAGUUUUUUUGUUUUGUUUUGUUUUUUGUUUUUUAAGAAAACUUGAGUAAGUUCCUUUCCCUGGUGACUUUGAAAAGCAGCCAGUGUUGAUAUAUAGAUAUAAGUGUCUCCCUCAGAAUGCUUUGUGUAUGUGUGGUGUUUUAAAAGUCUCACGGUUAACUUUGCAGUAUCCAGGUUUGAGUGUCAUAAACCCUGUUGACACGCCCCCUCGCAACAAGUAUCCAAAGACAGUGUGUGUGCUUCUUACCGUCAGCCCCGCCUACAGAGGGGACUGCCUUGGUGGGUGUGUCUCCACGUUUACAUGGAUUGAGGUGAACUGGCCUUUCUGCUUCCAAGCUUUGAACAGCUGUCUCCUUGUUGGACAGAAUUCCCCAAGCUGGUUGCUCUUGUUGUUAGCAGCUUCAGUGCCCCAUCUGUGACAGGCAGGUGGGACAGCAGGAUGCUCCCCCAUUGCGCCUGCUGCGUCUUUCCGUCAGAGGGCGCGCUCCCCGCACAGUAAGCGCCAGAGUCUCCCUGUCGUCUCAAGGUUAGUUAAUGUUGUCUUUGGAAAAGUGCAUGCUUCAUUUGAACACUUGAUUGAGCAGCGAAUGGACCUACAAUGAUUAAAAUUUUGAUCCAAAGCUCAGGACACAAACUACGGUGGCAGGAUGGAGUAGUUUGUUAUCAUCCAACUCUAAAUUCUGUGUAAUUUGCUGAGACCAGGAUUGUGUGUGUUUUAUGUGUGUGUAAAUAAAUACCUUAAAUGUACACGUGUAUACAUACACACAUAGGCAAGAGACCCACGACUGACUUGUAUUGAAACGUUGGAAUUGGCAGUGUGAUAUGUGGUUCAGCCAUGAUUAGGGACUGAAAUUUAGUUGGAGAGAGAAAAGAAAGUAAUGUAACAAAUACUUAUAGCUACAAAUCCCGGUAUAGAGCACUUGGGGGAUGGGAUGGGGUGGGUUGGUGAGACAAUCAGAUUGGUAAAUUGAUGAAAUGCUCCUAACCCUGUAAUUUUGUGCAUAGAGCACCCUGUGCUGUGGAAAUAACUGUUCUUAGAUUUUCAUUGUAACUGGACUGUUCAGGUUGCCCAGAGGGAAAGAACAUUCCUAAUUCUAAUAAAAUAAACUUUUAUUUUGUUAUUCCA